AUGGCCCCUGUUGAGAAACUAACACCACUGCCACUGUCAGUGCCCAAGGAGACGGACUACAAUGACUCGGUGGAAUCUCCUUAUAUGAUUGAAGUUGCAGAUGAGACCACCUCGAGAUUUACCAGAUUCAAAGACUCUUUUAGGCGAAAAGUGGUUGAUGAAUCACAGAAACAUGAAGUUGGGCGUCAGAUGUCCAAGGCUAUUAGUCUACGUCAUUUGAUUCUUAUGGCCCUUGUUACUGGUAUUGGUACUGGUCUUUUGGUUGGUACUGGGCUGGUGUUGCAUAAAUCAGGACCAUUGUUUCUUAUUAUUGGUUUUGCCAUCGUUGGUUCAUUCUUGUAUCCAACUUUACAAGCAGCAGGGGAAAUGGCGGUUAAUUAUUCUGAUUUGUCUGGUGGUUAUAACAACUAUCCAAGGAGGUUUAUUGAUGAAUCGGUUGCAUUCGCAAUUACUUGGAACUAUUGUAUUCAAUGGUUGUCUGUUAUAUCUAUUGAAUUGGUUACCGCGGCAAUUACCAUUUCGUAUUGGAACACAACUGUCAAUGCCGACGUUUGGGUGACAAUUUUCUAUGUCGUUAUUGUUAGCAUUAACUUUAUUGGUGCAUCAGGUUAUGGUGAAGCAGAGUUUUUUAUAGGUUCUUGUAAGAUUAUGAUGAUUAUUGGUUUCAUCAUUAUGGGUAUUGUUGUCAAUGUUGGUGGUGGACCCAAUCACGAAUUCAUUGGAGGUAGAUAUUGGAGGGAUCCAGGAUACUAUACAAACUUCAAAGGGUUAUGUUCGGUUUUUGUCACUGGUAGUUUUGCUUUCGGACAAACUGAGUUUGUUGCAUUGAGCGCUAGUGAACAGUCAAAUCCACGAAGAGCCAUUCCUGUUGCAACCAAGUUGGUUGCUUAUCGUAUUGUCAUUGUUAUGCUUGGAAGUUUAACAAUUGUUGGUUUGCUUGUCCCUUACACUUCAGACAGAUUGAUGGGAUCUAGUGGUGGUGGAUCACAUGCAUCACCAUUUGUGUUAGCGGCUGCAUUGCAUGGUGUUAAAGCUGUGCCUUCAAUCAUCAAUGCCGUUAUUCUCAUGUCUGUUACUUCAGUCGCAUCGUCCGCAUUGUACUCUUCUUCGAGAACGUUGCAAUCAUUAUCCGAACAAGGUUUUGCCCCAAGCUGGCUCAACUAUAUUGACAGAACCGGUAGGCCAUUACGUGCUUUAUUCGUUUGUGCAUUCUUUGGAUUAUUUUCAUUUAUUGCAGCAUACAAGAAACAAGAAACUGUUUUCAACUGGUUACUUGCUAUUUCCGGAUUGUCACAAAUUUUCACUUGGGGUGGUAUUUGUAUCUCACAUGUUCGUUUUAGAGCCGCUUUGAAAUACAAUAACAUUUCAACAGAUUCAUUGGGAUAUGUGGCAAAUACUGGUGUCUAUGGAUCAUACUAUGCCAUCAUCUGGUAUUGCCUCGUUUUAAUAGCACAAUUUUGGAUUGCAUUGUACCCCAAAGGCGAAGGUAAACCCAAUGUGACUACGUUUUUCCAAAAUUAUCUUGGUGUAAUUGUGUUGCUUUUCUUUUAUGUUUGUCACAAGUUAUGGACUCGUAAUUGGUCUUUGUACGUCCCAUUGAAAGAUAUCGAUAUUAACUUGGAUAGAACUCUUUUUGAUGAAGAGUUGUUGGCAAUUGAAAAGGAAGAAGAAAGGGAAAAAUGGAGAAAGGCACCAUUUUAUAAAAAGAUUGUGCAAGUUUUGUUUCUUUGA